GGCUACCCUCCAGAGGCUGUCGGCUGAGCUCCACAGCGCUCCACGGUGCCCUCAGCCCCAGCCAGACAGCCAGACGGAACAGACACGCUGUGAGCCCACGGACACGAGCUGGGCCUCCCUCCUGGGAAGAUGCAGGCACUUGUGAUGCUGCUGGCCGCAGGGGGCACCUGCUACCUGGGCCUGCUGGCACCAGCUGCAGCGGCCGCCAACCCUGGCCGACCCAACGCCCUCGGCUCGCUGCCGGCUCACCGGCGCCAGAAGAGAGACUGGAUCUGGAAUCAGAUGCACAUUGACGAAGAGAGAAAUGACUCGCUGCCCCAUUACGUGGGCAAGAUUAAAUCGAGUGUGGACCGCAAGAAAACCGAGUACCAGCUCAGAGGAGAGUCUGCCGGCAAGGUCUUCCGGGUCGACAAGAACACAGGCGAUGUGUACGCCUUAGAGAGGCUGGACAGGGAGAAGAUCUCCGAGUACCACCUCACUGCCCUCGUGGUGGACAAGGACACCAAGAGGAACCUGGAGUCUCCUUCCAGCUUCACCAUCAAAGUUCACGAUGUCAACGAUAACUGGCCUGUGUUCACCCACCGGGUGUUCAACGCCUCCGUGCCCGAGAUGUCAGGGAUAGGGACCUCGGUCAUCCAGGUAACAGCAGUGGAUGCAGAUGACCCCACAGUGGCAGACCACGCUUCUGUCGUGUACCAGCUCACAAAGGGAAAAGACAGUUUCGACAUCCGUGGCCCUGGACUCAUUGUCACCAUGAACAAACACCUGGACCGAGAGACGCAGGAUAAGUACGAGGUUGUGGUGGAAGCAGAAGACGCCCAGGGCCGCCGGGGGGAGUCAGGCACAGCCACCGUGUUCAUCACUCUGCAGGAUGUCAACGACAACUUCCCCAUCUUCACCCAGUCCAGGUACACAUUUUCUGUGCCAGAAGACAUCCGUGUGGGCAGCCCCUUGGGCUCUCUGUUUGUUGAGGACCCAGAUGAGCCCCAAAACCGGAAGACCAAGUACAGCUUCGUGCAGGGCGAGUACAGGGACACCUUCACCAUCGAGACGGACCCCACGCACAACGAGGGCAUCAUCAAGCCCAUAAAGCCCCUGGACUAUGAACGCAUCCCGCAAUACAGCUUCACCAUCGAGGCCACGGACCCCACCAUUGACCUCCGCUACCUGGGCAGCACCUCCCCCAAGAACAUCGCCCGUGUCAUUAUCAACAUCACAGACGUGGACGAGCCCCCCAUCUUCCAGCAGCCUUUCUACCACUUCCAGCUGCAGGAGAACCAGAAGAAGCCUCUGAUUGGCUCAGUGCUGGCCAAGGACCCUGACGCUGCUCAGCGGGACAUCAGGUACUCCAUCCGCAGGACCAGUGACAAGGGCCAGUUCUUCGGAAUAACCAAGAAAGGGGGUAUUUACAACGACAAAGAACUGGACAGAGAAGUGUACCCUUGGUACAACCUGACAGUGGAGGCAAAAGAGGUGGAUCCUAGUGGGACUCCCACGGGCAAAGAAUCCAUCGUGCAGGUCUACGUUGAAGUUAUGGAUGAGAAUGACAACGCCCCAGAGUUCGCCAAGCCCUAUGAGCCCAAAGUGUGUGAGAACGCCCCCCAGGGCAAGCUGGUCGUGCAAAUCUCAGCAACAGACAAGGAUAUAACACCACGAGAUGUGAAGUUCAAGUUCUCCCUGAGCACUGAGGACAGCAACUUCACCCUCAUUGAUAAUCACGAUAACACAGCCAACAUCAUAGUCAAGUACGGGUAUUUUGACCGGGAGCGCGCCAAGGUCCACCACCUGCCCGUGCUCAUCUCAGACAACGGGAGGCCAAGCCUCACGGGCACCAGCAUGCUGCACGUGACCGUGUGCAAGUGCAACGAGCAUGGCGAGUUCACCCUGUGCGAGGAGGUGGCCGCCCAGGUGGGCAUCAGCAUCCAGGCGCUGGUGGCCAUCUUCCUCUGCAUCCUCACCAUCACAGUGAUCACCCUCCUCAUCAUUCUGCGGAGGCGGCUCCGGAAGCAGGCCCGCGCCCACGGCAAAAGCGUGCCAGAGAUCCACGAGCAGCUGGUCACCUACGAUGAGGAGGGCGGCGGCGAGAUGGACACCACCAGCUACGACGUGUCAGUACUCAACUCAGUGCGCCACGGAGGGGCCAAGCCCCCGCGCCCGGCGCUGGACGCGCGGCCGUCCCUCUACGCUCAGGUGCAGAAGCCACCCCGGCAAGCGCCCGGAGCGCACGCGCCCGGGGAGAUGGCCGCAAUGAUCGGGGUGAAGAAGGACGAGGCGGACCACGACGGCGGCGGCCCGCCCUAUGACACGCUGCACAUCUACGGCUACGAGGGCGCCGAGUCCAUUGCCGAGUCCCUCAGCUCCCUGGGCACGGAUUCAUCGGACUCGGACAUUGAUUAUGACUUUCUCAAUGACUGGGGACCCAGGUUCAAGAUGCUGGCCGAGCUGUAUGGCUCAGACCCCCAGGAGGAGCUGGUGUAUUAGGGGGGCACGGGCCUCUGGGCCUGGGAGCCAGACCACUUGCAGCUCAGGCUAGCUGGACACAAGGCACUGAGGCCUCCAACUGUAGCACUGUCCCAGCCUAACAGCCCUUCCUCGCAGAUCACAGAGACUUCACCACCUUGGUUGGCAAAAGCCAAGUUCCUGAAAUGUCCAGGAACAUAUUUCAGCCAUGGCUACUCCCCAAAUGCUGGGAAAUCAAGGCUGGUAUGCUGUCUGGGUUGAGACAUCCAUAUAACCCUGUCACCUGGAAUCACGGGUCCAACUCAAAGAUUCUCUCUGGCUCUUCAAAACCAUUUAUGCUCAGUUGCUGCAGGAGUUGGGGUGGGGGUCUUCCCUUGAGGUCCCUGAACCCCUUGGGGAGGCUGGGGAGGCCCUGGUGCCUGUCAGCCUGGAGGCAAAAGGCUGGGCAGCAUUACCGUGGGGCAAGACUCUCUGAAGCCCUGUCCUACCAGAAACUGGGACCACCCAUCACGCUUGUCCCACCUCACCCUCCUCACACGCUCCCAAGUGCCCCUGCAUUCCUCAGCCUCUCCCCGGGCCUGUCAAGAGAGGAAAGGCCCCUGGACAUCUCCCAGCCUUGGGUCCCGAGGUGAACUCGCUGGCCCGCCGUGCCUGCAACUAUGCUGUACUGUGUAUUGAAAGUCCAGCCAAGGUCAGGGAAGUGGCUUGUUGAACUCUGAAGCAACUGUGAAUUCUCCCUGGAGGAGCAGUGGGGAGCAAGUGUGACACCAUAUCAUAGGGUGAGGGCCACCUUCACACCCACUCCCUCCGGAAGGGGCUGGGGGUCACUGUGACCCCAAUUUGAGACAUGACACCCCUCCAGUUUUGCCUGGGAAGCUGGGCAGGUGUUCCCAGAGCAAAAGACCCCUCCCCACCUCUCCUGGUCACUCGGUCAUGCUCUUUUUUUCUUUCUUUCCAUCUACUCUUGACCUCUUGGCAUGGUGGCACUUCAGGUGUGACCCAUGACUGCACAACAGAGCCGUGUCGUUUGUCUUCACGCCUCACUGCUGCCACAUCUCAGGGAACCCCAGCAGGGCCCCCUCCCUGCAGAAGGCAAGGCCCCUGCUCAAGUCCUGUAGUCACCUGUGUCUCUUCCACUUUCAGCCACAUAUGGAACUUUCCACUGCAGACACGGCUUGGGGAAAGGGCAUCACUCAACAGGAGAGGGGAGAGAAAAAAGGAGGCAAAUUCUCCAAUUCACCCUCUGUCAUGGACCAAGGUUCCUGCUGUGGGCAAGGCCCCUCAAUUCAGGGGAUUGUAGAUAACACUGACUUUUAAUCUUUAACUAAUAACUAGGUUUUUUAUAUUUUUUAUACUAAUAAUACUUAACACAUUUCUAGCUCUCACAGACAUAAGAAUAAGGGUAUUUGCAUAAUUAGCAGGUUACUAUUUAGGUUAACAAUUUUAUUUCGGGUAUUUUAGUUGGAUCAAGAAAUUCCUGUAACCGUCUGUUUCUUAUCAUUGUAGUAAUUGCUCUACUAAUGACUAUAUAUAUACAUAUAUACAGGCUACACUGGUGCAUGGAACAUGCUGUAUUUUUUUAAAUAACUAAAUAAAGAAAAAUCUUGAAAUACGUCUCUUUCUAGAGCUAAGUGAGCUCAUGAGAAAUAGAAGCACAUACAUGCCACCACCAGCACCACCACCACCGUCAGAGGAACCCAGAGUGCAAGGUGACACUUGCGGUCAGGACUUCAGACACACACUGUAGGAAAGUGACUGCAGCAGAAAUUAACAAGGGACACCUCGUCCAUCCUGGUCUCCUCCCAGAGGCCCGUGCCUUCCCUCAGCCUGCACAUGCCCCCCAGUCCCACCCUGACUCUACACAACAGGCAGGGCCUCUGGCAGCUGAGCUGCCGCACCUUUUCCAAGUGGCAAAUGGACCAGGUGGGUGAGAUAAAUCAGCAGUGAGGGAGGAAAUCAAUCUCUAAUUAGCUGGCUAACAACACUGACUGAGCAGCUGGCACUUCACCCGGGUGUGUGAACCCCAACAUUGACGUCCUGCCUGGAAAUCAAAAAUGAGAAUAGGAAGCAAUCAAAAAUGAGAAUAGGAGGCCUCCCUGACAGACUUAGGGCUUGAAUUGUGGAGGUGAGAGAUGAAACUCACUUCAGCAAGGCCCCUGGCUCCUUUACCCGUGCCAGCAGCGUUUUCUGGGCAGUGUAUCUCUCAGGGAUGGCAUUUUGCAAUCUGUGCUCUGGAUAAACACUACUUCUUGAAGCUCUCAGGGGGUCAGUAUGUCUUAAUUCCAAUUUUGCUCUAAUUUCCCUUUUGAUUUCUUGAUCCAUCGGUUAUUUGAAAUGUAUUGUUUAAUUUCCAAAUAUUAGGGAAUUUUCCAAUGUCCUUCCAUUAUUGAUUUCUAAUUUCAUUCCACUGUGGUCAGAGAAUUUUUAUGAUUUAAAUCCUUGUAAAGUUUAUGAUUUAAAACUAGUAAAUUUAUACUAGUUUUAUACCCUAACAUAUAGUUUAUCCUGGAGAAUGUUCCGCGUGCUCUGGAGAGGGGUGUGUAUGCUACUGCUGUGAUGGAGUGUUCUAUAGUGGUAUGUUAGGGCUGUUCAAGUCUUUCGUUUCCGCACUGAUCUUCUUGCUCGCUAGUAUUUAGAUUUUAUUGAAAGUUUAGUGCUAAAAUCUCCAACUAGUACUGUUGAAUUGUAUAUGUCUCCCUUCAGUUCUGUCACUUUUGCUUCAUGUAUUUUGGGUCUCUGUUGUUAGAGGCACAUAGGCUUAUAACUGUUAUAUCUUCUUCUUGAUGGGCUGACCCUUUUAGCAUUAUAAAAUGUACCUCUUUGUAUGUAGUCACAAUUUUUAUUUUAAAAUCUGAUUUGUCUGGUAUUAGUACAGUCACUGCAGCUGUCUUUUGGUUACUGUUUACAUGGUAUAUCUUUCCUAUCCUUUCCUUUUCAACCUAUUUGUGUC